AUGGCCCCUGAAGCUGCCAUUCAUGAGCAAAAGACUGUGAAUGACGACGGGGUUCCUCCUCCAUCGUACAUCACCAACAUCAUCACCACCUCCACCACCAUCAUCCUCAUCAUCAGCACCAGCGCAGGUCAUGUGCUGCGUCGGGAGCGGGCGUCUCCAUUCGGAGCUCAGAUUGAAGUAUGCAGCCGGGACAGGCUGCCUGCGCGCCGCUUCACCCGGAGUCCACAGCCCGACUGGAGAGCAGACCACGCAGGGAUGAGGGACCUCGCUGAUCGGAGGGUUUUUGGAGAAAAGGAGAAGGGUUCACUCACGCUGACCUGGACCAUGAGCAAUGAUUUGCCUCUUCUGACAAGUCUGACUGAGAACUCCACAGAGGUGCCUCUGUCAGCAGGCCAGGCGGAGAACUAUGUGCUGCUGCUGGUGCUGCUGAGUGUUUUUGCCGGGGGGACGCUGGUCCUGCUCUCCCUGCUGCUCCUCUUCUGUCACCACUGCUGCAUGGGCGGACGGCGCUACUCCAGAGCCAGCGAUGACCCUGAGAAGACCAACACCACUUAUGCUGAGGAUUCUCAGCCCACCCACUCAGAGAUCACCAUUCGUCUGGAUGAAUCAGAUGCUCUCUCAGCCUCCAGCUGCCAUGAGGGAGAGUCAGAGCGAUUCGUCUUCACUGGGUCGACUGGUCGCAGAGUCUCCUUCAAUGAGUCUGCUCUGUACGAACAGGAGAAGACGACACAGGAAAAAGGACGCAGGUACACUCUCACUGAGGGAGACUUCCAUCACCUGAAAAAGGCCCGACUGACCCACCUUCACCUGCCGCCGGCCCCAUGUGACCUAAAGAUCCUCACCAUCAUGGAGUGUGACUCAGCAGACAGCAGCACGGUCAACAUCAGUGAGACCGCAGCUCAGAAACUGCCCCUCACCAUCUACCAGCCUGGUGAGAGAAGAGUCCCCGACUGGCUUAGACAGAGCCUGAGUGGAGGGCUGCCGGGAGACCCUCACCACUCCAUCAUCCUGGACCAGAGGCUCAGACAGAACUCAUCAGCCAUGAAACCACAGCACACACGGUCCCAGACAAUGGAGGCUAUCGGUGACAGGGCAGAGGCUGAGAGCGAAGGGAGUAUGAGAGGAGAGCGGAUUCAAGCUCAGGGCCAGACUUCAGUUCUACAUUUCUUCUCUAAGCUGCGGCGCCACGCUAGUCUGGAGGGGGCGGGGCCUUUCUUCAGGAGGUGGAAGUUCGACAGCAGUCACCGUGCUGCCAGUCUGGAUGCAAAAGGUUCGCCCAAGAGAAGGCCCUUCCAGAGACAGAGAGCAGCCAGUGAAACCACCGAUCACACAGAAGAUGAGUCUAUAUCUCUCGAAGAUGAGGUCAUGGAAUCCUUUCCACAAACUCCCAUCCAGACCAGUGAGCUCCAGUCUCUCUCUGCAGAGUCUCUGUCUCACCACACUACCACACCCCCCUCUUCAGUCUUCCUCAGCAGGCUACACCUGGAGGCCAUGGUGGAGGUAGGUAGAGGCAGCAGCACCAGGAGAGAGAAAACCUGUUUGCAAGCAGACGACUGUCCUGUUAUGAGACAUGACCAGGCCACAACCAACGGGACAGGAGUGGAAACUGAAACUAAACUAGAUGCGGUUGUAAGAGCAGAAGCUGUGGGAGUCGAGCUGGAAUCGGAGGAGGAUGACGACCCGUUUGAGGUGCAACAAGAAGCUUCAGAAAGGUUUGAAGACAUGUUGAGGGAAACAAAUGGUGCAAAGACAGAGAGCCUGGCAGCAGAUGUGAGGAGAAAGAAUGAGGCAGUAGACGUAGACGACGGAGAAGACGUGGUUUUGGGAGCUGAGGCCCGACGAAGGGCCGACUCCGGGUCGUCUCUUUCCUUCAUGAUUCGCCAGGAGAGCUUGGAGCCCCCUCCCUGUCUGUACAGAGACAUUUGGAGCCUGAGGGCCUCCCUGGAGCAAUACGCUUCGUCAGACCAGAGCAGCACAGAUCGGGAGUCCAUCCGCAGUGAUGCCGAUAGCGUCUCAUCCUACGGUGGUGCGGGAGCUCGCUCUGGCCUGGACAGCUACUUGUCCCAGGAUCUGGAUGAUGACCCUGACGGAGAAGGGGAGGGAGAGGUCAUGGAGGGAGGAAUCAGAGGAGCGUCAGGUGGCGACAGUGAGAUGGGAAGUGGAGCUGGAGGAGAGGGUGAGGCGAGUAACAGGAAGCUCCUUCAGAUGGACAGUGGCUACACCUCUAUCGAAGCACCAUCCAGGGCCCCGGAGGAGAUGCGGCUUUUUGGGACUCCGGGAUCCCAAAGAGUAAAGACAGCAUCGGAGAGAAGGUUGUUCUUCACCAACUCUGGAAGAAAAGGUUCAGUGUGCGAAAGCAUGGAGUCCAAACUGUUUCAGGAGGAGCUGGAAGACGAGAUGGCCGAUGGCACAGAGACAGAGAAACUAAAGGAGAGAGCUCACACCUGCAGCCAGUCUCUUACCCUUCAAGAACCAUAUCAACUUCUGAAAUCCCUUCAUCCACAGAAACCUCCAGUGUCACAAUCACAGCUCGUAACUCCUCUGAAGAAGCAAAUCCCACCGCCCCCUAGUCCUCACAGACCUCGCCUCCGCCACCGCGACUACAGCAUUGACGAGAAGACGGAUGCACUUUUCAACGAGUUCCUGCGACACGACCCCCGGUUUGACCAGCAGGAAUCUCCGCUGCGCUCCAGGCACCGCUCCAGAGUUCACCUUCGGAAACAGUGGCAGAGACACAAGCAAUACAGUGAUCCAGGGUCAUGCACCGGGGGCAGGUACUCCCCUUCUUUAGAGAGGCAGAGGUUUACUCCGCUGAGAAGGGGUGACAGCGCCGGAUACCCUCUGGACACCAGGUAUCACAGCACACUCUCACGCAUCGCAAGUGCUGCCGACGAAGAAGCCAGCGAGGUUGCAGAUUGCGAGGAGGCAACCAUCGAGAGUGGGGAGAACAAAGAUCCGUCAAGGGAUGGAGUCGCAGCCAACAAAACAUCUGAAGGCACGGAUGCAAGAAGGAGCAGCUCUAGUCGUGCAGGGUCGGGCGGAGACGGCCACGGCUGCCAAGUCACCGCAAACAAGGACUCGGAGAGCACAGGCAGCCAGUCUUUGAAUACCGGGACUGCACAAGACUGCCGCAUGGAUCCAAGAUGUGACAACAGGAACAACAACGGUAGUCAAGCUAUCCUGUCAGAGGUGUCCCUGCAGGAGGAAGGCAGUCUGUCUGACAAGCUGGCGGAAUCGGUGGAGGAGAGGCUCUACGGCGGCUUGCGCACGGCAGAGAAACUCAGCCAGGGAGGUUCGGAGCGCGUGCUCGCCGUGUCUCGCACGUCCUCACCUGGCUUUAGUCCCAUAUAA